UCAUUGGAUACGGCGAUUUCUGAUGCUACUUCUAGUUACCAAGUACUCUCACAAUUCCUGAAGUCUAUCAAGAAAAAAACUCAAUACAACCCCAAUGAAAAUAUCUUUUUGACAACAGAGAAGACUGGGAAAAUAAAAGAACCUGAACCACUUUCAAUAGCUGCCAAUGAUUUGAUUUUUAAAGAAUAUCAAUGGACUGUAGCGAUGAAAAUGGGGUUAUGCUUCCAACGACUGGCCUGUUUACAUAUGACCCGGGGUACAUGGCGAGAUGCACAGUAUUAUCUUUCACAAGGCAAACAACUUGGCGAACGCAUCAAGUCCAAUGCGAUGGUGUAUCAAUUCUUGAUCUUACUCAGUGAUUCUUAUCUACGAACUGGACAACUUGACAAGAGUAAAUCUAGCUUGGAAGCUGCCAAUGAUAUCCAACCAACUGGACCUAAUUAUCUUCGGGAAGAUGCUCAGAUGAAGAUGGCCGUAGCCAAUAUUGAUGCCAAUCAACAGUUUUUGGAUGAAUCUAUUCAAUCUUAUACAGCUGUGGAUGAUUUAUUACAACAAAUGAUGGAUCCUGUUUAUAUCACUACACUGGAAAAACUCACAGAAAGGUAA